GUAUUUAUAACAGAAUUCAAAGACAAUUUUAAGUACUUGCCUCCUACCACUUAAUUCCUCCAUAAUUUUUCUUUUUCUCCAAAGAAAUGGGUGAAAGAUUGCGUUUGGCAGUAGGAGUAAUGGGUAAUGUCUCCUCCAUGUUGCUUUAUGCUGCACCAAUGCUUACUUUUUCUCGAGUUAUGAAGAAGAAAAAUAUUGAAGGAUUUUCAUGUGUACCUUACAUAUUAGCAUUGUUCAAUUGUUGUCUCUACACAUGGUAUGGGUUACCAGUAGUAAGUUAUAAAUGGGAAAAUUUCCCAGUGGUUACUACAAAUGGAAUAGGGAUUCUUUUGGAGAUCUCAUUCAUUCUCAUUUAUUUCUGGUUUUCUUCACCUAAAGGAAAGAAGGAGGUUGCAAAAAUGGUGGUGCCUAUUAUUCUAAUAUGUGUGGCGACGGGAAUUAUAUCGACGUUUGUAUUUCAUGAACACCGACGUCGCAAGGUUUUUGUAGGGAGUAUUGGACUUGUUGCUUCAGUUGCUAUGUAUGCUUCGCCUUUAGUUGUUGUGAAACAAGUGAUAAAGACGAAGAGUGUGGAAUUUAUGCCAUUUUACUUGUCAUUAUUCUCUUUUCUUGCUAGUGGUCUUUGGAUGGCCUAUGGACUACUUAGCCAUGAUCUCUUUCUAGCGUCUCCAAAUCUGGUGGGAACACCUCUUUGUAUCCUUCAGCUUAUACUGUAUUUCAAGUACCGAAAGAACCCUGUAAAGGACUUAGAACCACAAAAAUGGCCAGAUUUGGAGUAUAACGAUGACAAACUCAAGCAACAAUUCCAGUUAGAUGAGAAAAAAGAUCAAUCGAUGCUCGUAGUCACUGAGAAUCUCAGCACCAAGACUUAAACAACUCUACUUGCGUAAUUUAUUAAGGUAAAACCUUGCUCGAAUAAUGGAGUAGCCAUUCCACUGAUCACCAAAGAUCAGAAAAGAGGACCAAGAAGUAUAAAAUGGUGAACCGUAUCAUAUAUAUACAUUGUUUUGUCUGUGUGUAGUCCUUUAGUUACUUCUCUUGAGGAAUUGGAAGAACUUACUUUGUGCCUGCA